CACCCGAGGCCUAUUAGCAACUUGGAACUAGCAGCGACCGGGGGGGAAUGUCCCCCUGAUGGUGGCUCUGCUGUUGAUGACAGUAUGACUUUAAAGGGCAAGUAAAGUCGAACAAAUAUUGAACUCCUACAUAUAUUUAUCUUAUUACGACGUUAGUGUUGCAUAUGUCUACUCUAGCUCAUCUUCAAACCAUGAGUCCAUAAAGAGCACAUUGGCUGAUAACAUUUGCAUAGGUUGACUCCUUAUUUCCAUGAUGGAAAAUCCUUUGAAGGAGAGAAAAGGAUUUUUCAGGCUACUUGGUCAUUCGUCAGUUUUUGUGAUGUAUGCAAUAAAUUCACAGCCCCAAAUGUAUGUCACAGUUGUUGGUUCCAAGGAUCAGUGUCCCUGAGCUCUGUCACCGCCUACCUUGUCACCAUGAGUGCAGCUCUCUGGGGACAAGAGAAAAGCAGCUCUUACUGGGAGGAGCGUAUUUUUUAUCUUCUGCUCCAAGAAGCAAGUGUGAUUGACAAACAAACCCAAAAACAGAUCAAAGUUCCCAGAGGCAGCAUUGGCCAGUAUGUUCAGGAACGAUCAGCGGUGGUACAUAGCAGGGGUAUACCUUCCUCUAAAAGCAAGAAGUUGCAGAUAGCACUGAAGAUCCUGGAUCAGUCUCAUGCUCUCCUGAUUAUGGAUGAGAAAGAGGUUUAUGAAAUUGGGGAAAAAAUUACUGAGUUGCUUUUAGCCAUUACAAACUGUGAGGAGAGGUACAUCCUUUUCAAGAAUAAAGUCAGACUUACGAAAGCCAUGCAGAUCGAACCUGGCUCUGAAGUGCGGGUAUUUUUGAGACCUGGAGAAGUCUUUCCUGGAGUUGUACGUUACAGGGGACCAUUGUUACCAGAUAGGUCUCCCAAUGGGAUAUGGUUUGGAGUGGAGUUACUGGAAGAUGGACGGGGCCAAGGUUUUACAGAUGGCUCCUACCAGGGGAAGCAACAUUUCAGAUGUGAUGAGGAAUGCGGAGUGUUUGUAGCUGUAGACAAGUUGGAAUUAUGGGAGGAUGAUGAUGAUGAAAUUGAGAGCGAUUAUGCAUCUCCUACAGACAACUGUCAGUCAGAGAUCCCUCCCCUAGAGAUCAAUUCCAGAGUAUCUUUGAAGAUUGGGGAGGGUAUGGAGUUUGGAACUGUUAUAUUUUGUGAUGUUCUGCCUGGAAAAGAAAGUCUUGGAUACUUUGUUGGAGUGGAUAUGGACAACCCUAUAGGAAACUGGGAUGGAAGAUACAAUGGAAUUCAACUCUGUAGCUUUGCAAGUGUUGAGAGCACCCUUCUUCUCCAUAUUAAUGAUAUAAUUGCAGAGUCCAUAACCCAGGAGAGGAGACCUCUGAAACUAGCAUACAUGUCAAGAUGUGGCAGUGAAAAAAAUUUGUCCAGUCAUAGCAAACCAAAGGUUACAGGAUCUACCUCGGAGCCAGGAAGCAGGACACGUUCAGAAUUUUUUUAUACGUUAAAUGGAAGUUCGGUUGAAGCACAGCACCAGCAGAAGUCGAAAAAUACUUGGUACACGGAUGAAGCCCGUGAAAGACCCUCCAGGGGAAGUUCUGGUGUCCAGGAGAACAGCCGCUGUGAUACCAUCGAAGACUCUGCAAAAUCACUAACAGAUUCAUCCCCUGCUGCAUUCGGGCAUUGUUCUCCACCUCUGCAACCUUCUGCAAGCAGCUGCUCUCCUGGUGAAAACAGAUUCCACUCUUUGCCCUUCAGCCUCUCCAAAAUGUCCAGUACCAAUGGAACAAUGGGUCAUACACCCCUCUCUUUGUCUGUGCAGUCUGUUAUCGGGGAGCUGAACAAUGCAUCCCUUCAGGAUAGCCCACCUAGGUUUACCCACCUAUCCUACUUACAUGGUCUUGAAGUGGGCUCAUUGGCUGAAGUUAAAGAGAACCCUCCUUUUUAUGGGGUUAUCCGCUGGAUCGGGCAGCCUGAUGGAGUUAAUGAGAUGCUAGCUGGACUAGAACUGGAGGAUGAAUGUGCAGGAUGCACGGAUGGCACUUUCAAAGGGACAAAAUAUUUCACUUGCGCCCCUAAAAAAGCACUUUUUGUAAAGCUGAAGAGCUGUCGCCCAGAUUCGAGGUUUGCAUCACUCCAACCAGUCUCCAACCAGAUUGAACGAUGUAAUUCUUUAGCAUUUGGGGGUUACUUGAGUGAGGUUGUAGAAGGGAACACACCUCCAAGAACAGAAAAGGAAGGACUAGAAGUGAUGAUAGGCAAGAAGAAAGGGAUCCAAGGGCAUUUCAACUCUUGCUAUCUUGAUUCAACAUUAUUCUGCCUUUUCUCAUUCAGCUCCGUAUUAGACUCUGUUCUUCUAAGACCGAAAGAGAAGACAGAUGUGGAGUAUUACAGUGAAACUCAAGCACUUUUAAGGACAGAAGUAGUGAACCCUCUUAGAAUAUAUGGAUAUGUUUGUGCAACGAAAAUUAUGAAAUUAAGGAAAAUUCUGGAAAAAGUAGAGGCGGCGUCGGGAUUUACAUCUGAAGAAAAAGAUCCAGAAGAAUUUUUGAACAUUUUGUUUCAUCACAUACUGAGGGUGGAUCCACUGCUGAAAAUAAGAUCAGCAGGUCAAAAGGUUCAAGACUGCUACUUCUAUCAGAUUUUCAUGGACAAGAAUGAAAAUAUUGGGGUCCCCACUAUCCAGCAGCUUUUAGAGUGGUCCUUUAUCAACAGCAGUCUGAAGUUUGCUGAGGCUCCCUCUUGUUUAAUUGUCCAGAUGCCACGGUUUGGCAAAGACUUCAAAAUGUUCAACAAAAUAUUCCCUUCCUUGGAUUUAAACAUCACAGAUUUACUGGAAGACACACCCCGUCAGUGCCGCAUCUGUGGAGGCCUUGCUAUGUAUGAGUGCAGAGAGUGCUACGAUGACCCAGAAAUUACUGCAGGGAAAAUCAAGCAGUUCUGCAAGAUAUGCAACACCCAGGUUCAUCUCCAUCCUAAAAGACAGCAUCAUAAAUUCAACCCGGUAUCCCUUCCUAAAGAACUUCCAGAUUGGGACUGGAGACAUGGCUGUAUACCAUACCAGAAGAUGGACUUGUUUGCUGUAUUAUGCAUAGAGACUAGUCACUAUGUGGCAUUUGUUAAGUACGGCAGGGACGAUUCUUCUUGGGUUUUCUUUGACAGCAUGGCUGAUCGGGAUGGUGGCCAGAAUGGGUUUAACAUCCCACAAGUCACUCCAUGUCCAGAGGUUGGAGAAUACCUGAAAAUGUCCCUUGAAGAACUCCAUGCCUUAGAUUCUCGAAACAUACAGGGCUGUGCAAGGCGGCUCCUGUGCGAUGCAUAUAUGUGCAUGUACCAGAGCCCCACUAUGAGUUUAUACAAGUAAACUGACUUUUGCUUAACACACACUGAAAUGGUUGUUUGUACUGUAAACUCCUUUUUCUGUCGGCGUAACCUGCCAGGGCAAGCUAUUUAAACAAACAAGGGGCAGAUUUAUCAAGGGUCGAAUUUCGAGGCUUCCAAAUUCGAAUAAAAAAUCAAACUUUUUAACUCUGGGUGAAUAGGCUGCAUUCCAUCAUUCGAUCUAAGUAUUUUCCAAAAAAAACCACUAAAAUUACCUCGAAAUUCGAAUUUAAAAAUUCAAAUUUUCUCAUUUGACCGUUGAUAAAUCUGCCCCUAAAUGUGUUCCUGUAUACUGGUUAGCAACUUGCUUUUAGGCUGGUUUUCAUAUAUUAAUAAAACUUUUUUUGCACUUCA